CAGCUUUGCACUGGGAAGCGGCUGUUCACCUGCUCCGUGUGUGCAAAGAGACUCAUUCAGUUAACCUACCUUGUGAUGCUCCGAUGAGUUCACAGUUAAAAAUGACAAGCAAUUUGUCUACGGGAAUCUGGAGAACAACACGCCAGGUUUGCUGUCUCUGUGCAGAUAUUUAAGAAGUGGAGCAAGGGAUUCAUUCGAUCAUCCUUCCUGCUCAGACUGUGGGAAUGGAUUCACUCGGUCAUUUUAACUGAAGGUACGUCAGCAAGUUCCCACUGGAAGAAAGCCAUUCACCUGUUCUGUGUGUGAGAAGGGAUUCAGUCGGUCUUCCCAUCUGUGGACACUCCAGUCAGUUCACACUGGGUGGAGGCUGGUCACCUGCUGAAUUUAUGGGGAAGAAUUCACUUGGUCAUCUGACCUAAUGGCUCACGAGCGAGUUCACACUGGGGAGCGGCCUUUCACCUGCUCGGACUGUGGGAAGGGAUUCACUUGCUCAUCUAAACUGAAGGUACAUCAGCGAGUUCACACUGGAGAGAGGCCAUUCACCUGCUCGGACUGUAGGAAGGGAUUCACUCAGGCAUCUCACCUACUGAAACAUCAGUCAGUUCACACUGCAGAGAGGGAUUUCACUUGCUCAGAUUGUGGGAAGAGAUUCCCUCACUCUUCCAGCCUACAGAGACACCAGUCAGUUCACACUGGGGAGAGGCCAUUCACCUGCUCAGUCUGUGGGAAGACAUUCACUCAGUCAUCCCACCUACAGAGUCACCAACGCAUUCACACUGGGGAGAAGCCAUUCACCUGCUCAGACUGUGGGAAGGGAUUCACUCGGUCAUCUCAACUGAAGGUACAUCAGAGAGUUCACACUGGGGAGAAGCCGUUCACCUGCUCAGUCUGUGGGAAGACAUUCACUCAGUCAUCCCACCUACAGAGUCACCAACGAGUUCACACUGGGGAGAAGCCGUUCACCUGCUUGGACUUUGGGAAGGGAUUCACUUGCUCAUCUCCACUGAAGGGAGUUCACACCGGGGAGUGGCCGUUCACCUGCUCAGACUGUGGGAAGGGAUUCACUUGUUCAUCUAAGCUGAAAGAACAUCAGCGAGUUCACACUGGGGAGAAGCCGUUCACCUUCUCAGACCGCGGGAAAGGAUUCACUCAGUCAUCCCACCUACAAGCACACCAGUCAGUUCACACUAGGGAGAGGCCGUUCACCUGUUCAGACUGUGGGAAGAGAUUCACUCAGUCAUCCACCUUAAUGGCUCACCAGCGAGUUCACAUCGGGGAGUGGCCAUUCACCUGCUCAGACUGUGGGAGGGGAUUCACUUGCUCAUCUAAACUGAAGGUACAUCAGCGAGUUCACACUGGGGAGCAGCCGUUCACCUGCUCAGACUGCGGGAAGUGCUUUGCUCAGUUAUACACCCUAGUGGCUCACCAGCGAGUUCACACUGGGGAGAGGCCAUUCACCUGCUCAGUCUGUGGGAAGGGAUUCACUCGGUCAUCUCAACUGAAGGUACAUCAGCGAGUUCACACUGGGGAGAGGCCGUUCACCUGCUCAGUCUGUGGGAAGGGAUUCACUUUGUCAUCUCAGCUACUGAGUCACCAGUCAGUUCACACCGGGGAGUGGCCAUUCACCUGCUCAGACUGUGGGAAGGGAUUCACUUGCUCAUCUAAACUGAAGGUACAUCAGCGAGUUCACACCGGGGAGAAGCCGUUCACCUGCUCAGAGUGUGGGAAAGGAUUCACUCAAUCAUCCACCCUAAUGGCACACGGGUCAGUUCACACUGGCGUGUGGCCGUUCAUCUGCUCAGUGUGUGGGAAGGGAUUUGCUCGGUCAUCUCAACUACAGAGACAUCAGUGUUAUUUACCAGCAGCAACAGAUCACAACCGGAGUCAGGUUUUAAUGUUAAAACCACUAUUUUUAUUAGUGUCUAUUCAAAAUAUAAAAGAUUAAACGAAUAAACAGGGUGUUAACAGUGUUGUGCGUGUGCGUGCCCCUAACCGUCAAGCUUAGGAACACUUCUUAAAGUCUUAAGAUUGUAAAGUAGAAAGGCCCAAUAAUCCACAGAAUAGGUGAGCGAGGGGAGAGAUUUGUAAAUCCACGUUAAUAUGUAGAGAGAAGGCGAUUACGAAGACUUCCACAGAGUCCACCCUGAAAUGAUGUAACAGUCGCUGAAGAUCAUAUUCGUCGAGUUGUCCCAAAAUCCACACAGAAACAUCAUAAAGUGACAGCCACUGGAAUAUUCAUCAGCACAAGUGGUUACCACAUAAUACUUUCUUUUUAAAUCUUUAUUAAUUAUUAUUGAAAAUCAACAACAGAGAAAAAUACAUCAAAAUAAUCAAGAUAAAAUAUCCAUAUAUAGAGUAAAAGUUAAACUAUCAACCAAGCUAAACAGUCUAUCAAUAAUAAUCAAAAAACAAAGUAUUAAAGCUUUUUUUAAUGGAAAAAAAGAAAGAAGGAAAAAAAGAACCCCAACUAACUAAAACGGAGAAAACUGCCUAAUAACUAAAAAGAAAAAGGGGGAAAAAAACCCAUUUGGAGCACAAACCCGGAGCUAUGUGCCAUACAAGCUUCCAUUAAAAAAAAGACAUCAAACCGCCAACCAAAAUUCUUUAUAAGAAAUUCAUAUAACCAAGCAUCAGAAAUGGACCAUCUUAAUUAACUCAAGUCAAAUGAUAAUAACGGGCAAAAGAGCGCCACCUUUUCUGAAAGUCAAACUUAGGAUCAAAAGUUCGACUUCUAAUUUUUUCCAGACUAAGACAUAACAUCACCUGAGAGAACCAUUGUAUCAAAGUGGGAGCAGAGGCAUCUUUCCAUUUUAAUAAAAUAGCCCUUCUAGCCAAUAAUGUGACAAAUACAAUUACAUAUUGGUCAGAUAUAGAAAUACCGUGAAUAUAUUGAGGAAUUAUACCAAACAAAACUGUCAAUUUAUUAGGUUGUAAAUUGAUUCUUAAAGAUUUAGAGAUUAUAGAAAAAAUAGAUUUCCAAAAUUGUUUCAAUACAGAACACGACCAAAACAUGUGUCAAUGUAGCUAUCUCAGUUUUGCAUCUAUCACACUGAUUAUUUACAUUAGGAAAUAUUUUAGAUAAUCUCUCCUUUGUCAAGUAAUAAUGAUGUACAAUUUAAAAUUGAAUUAGAGAAUGACUGGCACAAAUUGAAGAAGAGUUAACCAGCUUCAAAAUUCGCAACCAAUCCUUUGUUAUCAAGGUCAUAUUAAGCUCUCUUUCCCAAUCUUGCGUGAUCUUAAGUAAAGGAUAAUUGUCCUAUUGUAAUAGUAAAUUAUAAAUUUUCCCAAUAAAGCCUUUCACUGAAGGGUUCAUUUUUAAAAUGAUGUCUAACAGGUCAGAAUCUUGUAUAUAUGGAAAAUUACUUAAAUAUUCUUGUAAAAAAUGUCUGACCUGAAGAUCUUGCAAAAAAUGUGAAUAUGAGAGAGAGUAUUUAGUUACUAAUUUCUCAAAGGACAUCAAUCGACCUUCUUGAAACAAGUCCAUAAAGGAAAAAAUUCCUUUAUUCCUCCAAAGAGAAAAGGUAGGAUCAUUAAGUGAAGGUUUAAAUAAAUAGUUUCGAUAAAUUAAACUAAGAAGGUUAAUUUUUUUAAGAUUAAAAAACUUAUGAAACUGAUACCAAAUUCGUAAUGAUUGAUUAGUCAUAGGAUAUAUAUUUAGAAUAGAAAUUUUGGCUAAUUGUACAGGUAAAGGAGCUCCUAAUAAUGAAGCUAAAUGAAAUUGUUUCACAGUUUUCAAUUCCAAGUCAACCCAAGAUGGUCGUUCCUUUUUAUCGGUCCAAUACAACCAAGAACAUGCAUAAUGUAUAUUAACUGCCCAAUAAUACAUUCUUAAAUUAGGCAAAGUAAGACCUCCAUCGUUUUUUAAUUUUUGUAAAUGACAUUUUCCAAUUCUUGGUCUUUUAUUAUUCCAAACAAAAGAUGAAAUAAUAGAGUGAACUUGAUCAAAAAACUUCUUAGUUAGAAAAAUAGGAAUGUUUUGAAAUACAUAUAAAAAUUUUGGUAAAAUCAUCAUUUUAACUGCAUGAAUUCAACCUACUAAGUGUAAGUGGAUUCCAUCUAGAAAAAAAUUGCUUCAUAAAAUCCACUAAGGGAACUAAAUUAGCUCUAUAAAGGUCUUCAUAAUUUUUAGUAAUGGUAAUACCUAAAUAUUUAAAAGAAUCCAUAACUUUUAAAGGAAUGUUAUCAUAUAUAGAAGCGGAAUCA